AUGCCCAUCGCUCGCAGGGACCAUAGUUCUCUCCAGUUUCCCUGCGGUUACUUACACUGCGCACGUCAUUUCAAGUCUCAGGGAGGGCGCAAAAAACACUGGAACACCUCACACUCAAUAUUCGGACCAGCUCCUGCUACCACCAGCGUCUCACACACUGCUACCACCAGCGUCUCGCACACCACUACAGUUGAAGAGCAGCCUGAAGUACUGGAUGGCCACUUCUCAGCAGGUCAUGACAACAUCUCUGCAGGCGGUGACAAUUUUCCUGCGGGUACAUCUGACCCAAGUCAGGCACUUAAUGAGCCUGACAUUCCAGAUAAUUUGAACGCAGAAUUUUUUGGGCCGGGUGAUAGAUUAUACCGCAACUAUCACCCAAAACUAAAUGCUCGUCCUUGCGACGUGACAGGACGAUUCCUUGCAGAUGGAGCGCCCCCGACACCACCUCCAAUCAAGUCACCCGAUGACUGGGCUCCAUAUCGAAAUCGUGUCGAGUUCGAGACUGCAGAAUUUCUGUACACGCGCAACCAAAUGUCUGCCGGAGACAUCAAUAUCUUAUUGGAUCUUUGGGCUGCAACCCUCCUCAAAUACAACGACAAACCUCCGUUUGCGGACCACCGUGAUUUGUAUAAAACUAUUGACGCUACGCCAGUGGGUGAUGUCAAAUGGCAAUCCCUCAAGGUCCAGUACACUGGGGAGAAGCCCGAAACCAAUGUACUACCCUGGAUGGACCAAUCUCACGAUGUCUGGUACCGAGACCCCCAUGAGGUUAUUCAGAACAUGUUGGGGAAUCCGGACUACGCUACAGAGAUGGAUUAUCGGCCCUACCGUGAGUAUUUGACUGAUGGCGAUGAACGCCAAUGGCAGGACUUCAUGUCUGGUGACUGGGCAUGGAACCAAGCGGAAACUAUUUCUGAAGAUCCGGAUACACUCGGCUCAACGUUUGUGCCGGUUAUACUCGGAAGCGACAAGACAACAGUCUCAGUGGCGACUGGUGCCAACGAUUACUAUCCCUUGUAUGUAUCAAUCGGGAACGUUCGUAAUAAUGUCCGACGUGCACAUCGUGAUGCCGUUGCCAUUAUUGGCUUCCUCGCUAUGCCAAAAACUACAGAGGAGCACGCAAAAGACUCAAAAUUUCGGAAAUUCCGUCGGCAACUGUUUCAUUCAUCUGUCGCCAAGAUUCUCGAGAACUUAAGGCCUGGUAUGACCACACCAGAGGUUGUACGCUUCGGUGACGGCCACUAUCGGCGUGUAAUUUAUGGCCUUGGACCAUACAUUGCAGAUUACGAGGAGCAGGUUCUACUAGCGUGCAUAGUGCGCAAUUGGUGUCCGAGUUUAGACACGAAGUCACUGUGUCGUCGACGUGACCAUACAGAAGCGUUAGUUGAAGAGGCAACCUAUGGUGCUUUGUGGAUGGAGUAUGGGAUUGUUGGUGACCUUGUUCCGUUCACAAACGAUUUUCCAUGCGGCGAUAUUCACGAACUUAUCGCGCCGGAUAUCCUGCAUCAACUGAUUAAGGGAACCUUCAAGGAUCACCUAGUCAAGUGGGUUGGACAGUAUCUGCAACAUGUCCAUGGUACGAAAGAAGCGGAGAGAAUUCAAGCUGAUAUAGAUCGAAGAAUUGCUGCGGUUGCUUCAUUUGCAGGUCUCCGACGAUUUCCAGAAGGUCGGGGAUUCAAACAAUGGACGGGCGAUGAUUCAAAAGCCCUCAUGAAGGUCUAUUUACCUGCCAUCGAAGGUCACGUCCCAACAGAUGUGGUGCGCACGUUUCGCGCAUUUCUCGAAUUUUGCUAUCUCGUACGGCGCAACAUCAUUACAGAAUCUACUUUAGGUCAAAUUCAGGAGGCUCUUGACCGAUUCCAUCAUUACAGGGAGAUAUUUGAAUCUACGGGUGUUGUCUUCACGUUCUCUCUCCCUCGGCAACACUCUUGUUCCCACUAUGUCCUCCUUAUCCAACUUUUUGCUGUCAAGGAGCCAUGGAGGCGCUCGAGUCGCUACAAAGCCCUUGGUCAGAUGCUGGUGACAAACCAGCGCCUCGAUAAGCUCGCAGCAGCACGCAUUGAUUUCAAGAACCGCGGAAUGUUAAACGGCACCUGUCUGUCUGCCACACUCAAGGCAUUAAUACUCUUCAACGCUGAUGUUACUAUACAGGGUGAUAACGAAGAGGGCGAAAUUGACAAUGGCCCAACACUGGUGCAGGCCCAUGUCCAGUUGGCAAAGACCCCUCAACGCAAACGCGCACACACUAUACCCGAGCUAUCCACGGAACUCUCUAUCCCCAAUCUCUACAAUGUCCUCCGCCGCUUCCUAUUCGAACAAGUGUACCCAGACGACCAGCACCCUCCCUCUGAAAUCCCGCUUUCGAGAUUCUUUAAUUCUGCAUCUUCGACAUUCUAUGCGCCCAGCGACCGCAGUGGAAUUGGCGGUAUGCGCCGUGAGCAUAUUCGUGCCUGUCCUAUUUGGAGAAACGAGGCGCCCCGGUAUGACUGUGUGUUUGUUAACACAGAUGCAAGUGUUGAAGGGAUGGUGGGCAUGGAUAUAGCGCGCGUAAUGUGUUUUUUUUCUUUCACAUUCAAUGCAGUUUCGUAUCCAUGUGCCGUUGACACUGGGAUGUGGAUUGUGACACCUUCGUUUGAUACUGACCAUUCUUUUUCUGUUGGAAUCAUCCAUAUUGAUUCUAUUUACCGUGCCGCACACCUCAUUCCAGUCUAUGGAGCACAGAUCAUUUCACGCGACAUCAAGCACCAUGACUCAUAUGAUGCUUUUCGAGCAUUCUAUCUGAACAAGUUCGCAGACCAUCAUGCUUUUGAGGUCGCAUCCUAG